CACCUCAUCCACAUCAACCUUGACUCUAUCUAUUCGCUCGACCUCGUCAAGCAUCAUCUUGAAUCAUGUCUACAGCCUUACCCACGACAAACACCAGCCCCACGCCCUCCCAACCAGGCCGCUGGAUAGUUACUAAAUUCGGCACCCCCUCGGUGCUGAAAUGGGAAACGUUUGACUUCAACUCCGAGCUUUCAGAUGACAAAGUGCUUGUCCGCAUCAUCGUGGCUGGCAUUGCUGGCGUCGACAACAUCCAGCGAGCAGGCGGGUAUCCGCAUCCCAUAGCGCGCGAACCCGGCUUCACAACAGGCUACGACCUUGUCGGCGAAGUCAUCACCUUGGGCGACUCGGUACCUAAAGAGAGCGGCUUGACGAUUGGGGACUGGGUCACCUCACUAUCUAUGUUUGGUGCACACGCAACCCACAUCGUAUUGCCGCAUACGAAUCUGAUAAAGAUCAAUCGCACCGAUGACCCGGUUAAGAUCACUGCUCUGCCACUCAACUACAUGACCGCAUGGGGCAUGCUCAAACACAGCGGCGUGCACCUCCCUCCUGGGUCAAGCAUCUUGAUCGGUUCUGCGAGCGGCGGCCUCGGGACGGCUGUUGCGCAGCUCGUCACUUCUUUCAAUAUGAAUAUCCAGAUGAUUGGGACGUGUUCGCCCUCCAAGUUCGACUACCUCCGCUCCCUCGGCGUGGCGCCCAUUGACCGCAAUGCUCCCGAUAUUGCUGAGCAAGUCCGCGGGCUUACCAAUGGAGAAGGCGUAGAUGUUGCUUACGAUGGUCUGUGUAGCGAAGAGAGUUUGCAGAAGAGUCUUGCUGCGACAAAGAACGAUGUGGGGAAGGUUAUUGUGUUUGGUGUUAUGGGAGAGAUUGCGGCGGAUGGGAGCCGGAUGCACAGAGAUGUUGAAGACUUCCUUGGAGAGCGAACUCAAUCAUUGCCGCGCACAAGCUUCUAUCAGCUUGAUACCGGAUACGCUAAGAAUAAUGGUCUGGAGGAUCUUUAUGCCAUUAUGGACAAGGUAAGAAGUGGAAAGUUGGAACCGGUCGUUGCGAAGCUGUUGCGGCUAAGUGAGGCGGUGAAGGCACAUGAGCUCCUUAUUGAUGGAAGUGUGGUCAAAGGGAAGAUGUUGUUUCUUGUUGAUGCCGAUCUGGCUGCUCGUUAUGGUAUCUAGACACUCAUGCAAGACCAAGGAAAUUAUGUGGGUGUCUUGUGUAUCGAUUGACCUCUCUAGUCUAUUACGCUUUAGCUAGACAAAAAGCGACCACACUCGAUGGAAAGUACUUGUGAAAGUGCUCGAAAUCCACUCCGGUCAUGCUAACAAAAUAAUCAUGCACAUGAAGCUUAGAUAUUCUCCUGUAACGCCGAGCGUUCUUCUCUCUCUUUGUAUCCGUCCGAUCCUUUAUUUGUUAUGCCAAAGUAGCGUCCGUAGCGAAUCCCAAUGGUCCGACUGUACGUAAAUAUAGCUCAUACUACUCCUCAAACUGCUCUGAACACUCUCAGGAUGCCACCGAAAGAUAUACAUUACCAUCGCCCAACUCAAACUCGCGAAGAC